UGUAAGGUUCAGAUAAUGAAUGCUGAAGCAGUUGGGAUUUGUCUGUCCGCUCGUUCACAUCUCCCAGCGUUGAGAUCACUUGAUAUGCAUUGUUUACUCUUAAUACUGGUGGUGGGUGUGGGUCAGGGGUUGGGUCAGGAGAACUACUGCCAGAUCACCCCCCAGCACACCCUCUGUAAGCACCAGGGACUAGGAGCAGCUUGUGGAUCAGUACUAGAAAAUGGUCUAGGAGACCAGGAGAUAUCUCAGAUAUUAGAUCAUCACAACAGGCUUCGAAGUCGCGUAGCCGUAGGGUCAACUGAGCAGCCUCCGGCCUCAAAUAUGUUGGUCCUAACCUGGGAUACUGAACUAGCCAGGAUUGCACAGGCUUUGGCUGAGACCUGCAAGUUUCAACACGACUGUUCGGACUGCAGGAGUGUUAACAGGUUUAGAGUGGGGCAGAACAUAUAUCAAUCUUUUACAACAAGGUAUAUUUCAGGACACUUGGCACCCCUCAUUUAUAGUAAUUAUUUUUGCUUUUAAAUUAGUUUGUCCAAGGAACUAUAUACAGGAACUCUCAACUCGGAUAUACGCAAAUUAUGUACAGUACACUGUGGGAGGAAUGUAAACAAACCCAGUGCUCUUACAGAAGCUGGAGGGAAAGGACUAAAGCUCUGAUGUGAUAUUACAGUCCAACAAAAAACAAGUUAAUAUAUCAAGUUAAAGCGAAUACUCAUGUUUUUGCCUUUCUGGUCAAUAUGUAAAAUACAAUAGCAAUAUAUUCUUAUUCCACCCCUUGGACCCUUUUCUCUCAAAAAUGAUGCGUUGCCCCUGAACUCUUUGUUUUGAUCUCCUCCCUCUGCAGUACACAGAUUUGACGCAUAAGAUAUGGC